CGAGCGCACCAGUGUGGUGCACGGAUCUAGUAUGUGGCGGACUUGUGUUGUUCUCGCGCUCGCGGCGGCGUGCGUCGCGCUCCCGGCCCAAGACACGGGACACUCCGAAAACGAUCUCGAUGGAUUGAACGACUGCUUACGCAAGGAUUCCACGUCAUGCCUGAAAUACAAGUUCUUCUCCUUCGUUGACAAGAUGAUCGGACAAAAGGACAGCUUUGCCUUAUCUGACGGAGUCACUGUUGUGAGAGCGACCGACGCCCCUCAGGAGACCGGUGCACCACGAUCGUUAGACCCUCUUUCAAGAUUGAAGAGGUACUUGGACACGCAUUCCAUACGCGUUGAAGUGAAAGGAUCUGAUGUUGUGGACACAGUUUCGAGCGUCGGACGAGCUUUGGAAGACACAGUAUCUUCGUUUACGGAGGACAAUGAGGUUUCAGAAGAAGGUAGGGGGAAGAAGAAGAAGGCGCAGAAGAUUCUCGGUCCGCUGAUGAUGGCUUUGAUGAUGAAGCUGAUGGCGCUGAUGCCGCUGGCUAUUGGAGCUAUCGCGUUGAUUGCUGGAAAGGCGUUGCUGAUUGGUAAGCUCGCGUUGGUGUUGUCGGCGAUUAUCGGGCUCAAAAAACUAUUGUCACAGCAGAAGCAUGUUACGUAUGAAGUAGUGGCGCAUCCUCAUCAUUCUUCGAGUCAUACGUCGAGUCACGACUACGGUGGUUCCAGUGGAUAUGGUGGCGACUCCUCAGCAGGAUACGGCGGCAGCGCCAGCAGCGGCCAUAGCAGCGGUGGUUGGGGCAGAUCCAUAGACGCACAGAGCUUAGCUUAUUCAGGUCAAAAGCCUCAGUGAAACGCCCUAGAUUUACGACCUAGUAGCGAGAUUUCUCGCGCACACCCAUCGUUAAAUUAUUAACUUAUUUCCCUGUGUGAAUGUUUAUUUAUUGACUGAUUUGUUAAGUUUUUGUUUCGCUCUUUAUUUAGUCAUCUUUCUAACCUUUUGUGAGGUGGAUUACUAUUAUUUAUAGUGUUUUAUGUAGUUUAUGUAUUUCUUAAAUAUGUAUGGUUGUGAGAACCAGUACUUGGCUUUAAUAUUGUAUAAGUAUGAUGUAAGACUAUACAAGACUUGUUUUGUACAUAUCUGUCAUAUUCAUUAUCAUAAUUGUAUAUAAAUCAUAUCAUAUGUAUUUGAAAUAAAUUCAUUAGUUUAUUUAUUAUGUAUGUUGUGUUAGCUUUAAAUUAUUUAUUUUUAGAUAUGUAAAGAAAUGUCAGCAAACAAUUUGUUGUUAUUAAAAAAUAAAACCAU